AGAGUAUAUUAGUCAUAUUUAUUGCAGUGAAAAAAAAAAACCCAGGAGUGGUACAUAAAUUCAUGGAGAAGUAGUUCAGUACUAUUAAGUAACCCGAUCAAACCCUCUCUGGUGGCGGGGUUUUUUUUUGUGAUCUGACCUUUACAGAAAUAAUUGUGUACAGACAUGAUGUACCUGUGAUGUACACAGACAUGAUGUACUAGUCUUAAUGCUUAAUCUGCGUUGUCAGUGGUGUGCCAAGAGCUAAUAUGCAUGUAGAUUGUCAGCUCUCAUUAUAGUGUUCUACACGUGAGAGACAUCAUCACCAUCAUCAUGACUUUCUUCUUCUUCUUCACAUCCUCGCCAUCACUGAAUCACAUUGGAACCGUUAAAUGAUGUAAAGCGGUUCCUCCCACGCGGCGCACCUGAGCAGGGGAUCUGAAAGCACUUCCAACUUAGAGUGAGGGCGCAGAGUCUUUACAGUCCUCAGUGUCCAGCUUCUACACGGAUCAUCCAGGCUAAAGUCAUCGGAACUUCACUGGAUCAAUAUCAAGAAAUAUAUUUCAAAUCUAUACGCGAGAGCAGCUUUUAUUAGUGAAUAUCCACAGGAUAAGCAGCAGUGCGUCAAGAGACGGAGCUUCGAGCCGCUCCGUCAGACAUGGGGUAGUUUUCCAAAGAACCAAAUAUGCAGAUGUACUGAUUUAACGAAGGUUCAUCUGAUGUUUGGGUGAAGAAAAAAAAAAAGACGUUCUCGUUUGGACCACAGAAAAGUUGUCCAUGUCGACGAGGAUUCAAGAUGAAGAACCUGAGCGAGCUGAACAGCACCGCGCCGCCCAUUAACGAGCACAACUUCCCGGCGCUCAUAUUCGGCAUUUGUCUCAUCAUAGUCAUCAUCUGCGGCAAUGUCAUGGUCUGUCUUAGUGUGUCCCGGGAAAAGGCUUUAAAGACCACGACCAAUUACUUUAUCGUGAGUCUGGCUGUGGCUGAUCUUCUGCUGGCUGUGUUGGUGCUGCCGCUGUUCGUUUACGCCGAGUUUCAGGGUGUCUGGUCCUUGGACAUGGUAGUCUGUGAUGGCCUGAUGGCUAUGGAUGUGAUGCUAUGCACUGCCUCUAUAUUCAACCUGUGUGCCAUCAGUGUUGACAGGUUCAUCGCAGUGUCUGUGCCAUUGAACUACAACCGAAGGCAUGUAGACCAUCGACAAAUUGUUCUACUCUCAGGCACCUGGCUUCUUGCCCUAGCUGUGGCCUCCCCUAUCAUUUUUGGCAUAAACAAUGUUCCGAAUCGUGACCCGACUGUGUGCAAGCUGGAAGAUGACAACUAUGUAGUGUACUCUUCUGUCUGCUCCUUUUUUAUUCCCUGCCCCAUUAUGCUCUUGCUGUAUUGUGGAAUGUUCCAUGGCCUUCGUCGAUGGGAGGAGGCCCGUAAGCUCAAGCUGAAAAAGAGUAUCCAGGCCUGUCGUAAGCUUCAGCAUGCCGCCGCUGCUGCUGCUCUUCCACCUCUGGCAGCUUUGCCAACUCCAAUGCCCGUGUUGCCUCGUGUCAUUCAGCAAGACCUGGCACAGUGCAAUGUGGAUGAGCUUGAUGAUGACAUGCAGCCCAGCAGCCCCUUGCCACCGGAGUACAAUAACAGCACUAUUCAGACUAUUGCCUACGCUGAAAUUCAGAACACAUCCCAAAGAAAAAAGAGGGCCAAGAUCAAUGGCAGGGAGCGGAAAGCCAUGAAGGUCCUACCUGUUGUCGUGGGUGCCUUCCUUUUCUGUUGGACUCCAUUCUUUGUGGUUCACACGACACGGGCCCUAUGUGAGACAUGUGAAAUCUCACACUACCUAAUGAGCACAGUGACAUGGCUGGGUUACGUGAACAGUGCAGUGAACCCCAUCAUCUACACCGUCUUCAACACUGAAUUCCGCAGGUUUUUCCACAAGUUUCUACAUAGCACCUGCUGUUACUCGCCCAGAAGAAUGGACGAAAUUAUAAUGAUGCCAUGAACUAUUGUAAAGAUUGAGCACAUUGGAUAAAAAAAAAAAAAAACAUUCGUAUGCACAUUUAAUAAAACGGUGCCAGUCAUUAUGUACACCAGUCAUGAAGUUAUACACCCUGGCCUUUGAUCAGGUCCACCUACCAGUAAUGAUGUAUUUGAUUGAGUGUAAAAUUUGUCAGCUGCCCUUUACCCUGCCUAUAAAUAUUAUUCUCAGUGCCGCAGUGGUGAUGGUCUUUUGGUAGUACUACACUGAUGUAAAAGGGAGGGGUAAUUGUGAGAGAUUUACCUGAUAAAAUCAAUCAAGAAUAAGAAACAGAUGGUGUACUAAGCAUCCUAGUGUAAGUAAUCGCAUUGUAUUACUUUCUGCAUUCCUCUUUUUUCUAUAACGGUCUGUUGCCAAUGCUUUACAUGCCUUUAAAAACAAAAUGUAUUCUUGGCCAUCAAUGCAUUGUGCCUAUUUACCAAGUCCACAUUUCAUGUGGCGAUCAUUUAAGUAAAGAGACAUAUGAUGAAUAUUCACCUGUUGACUGACAUUUGAUUUAUUCGAUAUGUGGUGUGUUUUAUAUAAAAUAAGCA